AUGCCCAUCCAAGCCAUUGUUCAGACCUCCCUCGAGGCUGUUGAAUUCAUCGACACGCCAAUUCCCAUACCAAAGCCCGAUCAAGUCGUGAUCAAAGUAGUCGCCGCAGCUUCCAACCCCAAAGACUGGAAACUGACCGUCUGGCAAAACAAGCCUCACAACUCGGGCGACGACGUUGCCGGCAUAGUCCACUCUGUCGGCAGCUCAGUCCGCAACUUCCACCCAGGCGACCGCGUCUUCGCCUACCACCAGCCUCACGCCGCAGAUGGAGCAUACGCCGAGUACGCUGUUGCGCCCGUACAAACAACCUGCCACUUCCCUCCCACCAUGUCGUUUGAAGAAGCAUCCACGAUCCCCACCGCCGCCUUCACAGCCGCCGUAGGUCUCUUCCUCGGCCUUGACAUCCGCGCCCCCUUCCUCCCCGCCCCCUCGCCCUCCUCAUCCUCCUCAUCCAGCAAAAAGCGCCCCCUCCUCAUCUACGGCGUAACCACGGCCGUCGGAUCCUUCGCCGCCAAACUCGCCCGCCUCGCCGGCAUCCACCCCAUCAUCGGCAUCGCAGGACGCGCUACAAACUACGCCCGCACCCUCGUCGACCACGUCAUCGACUACCGCCAAAGCGACGCCGACGUCCUCGCCGCCAUCUCGGCAGUACUGCAGCGCGAAGGACUCGGCGAAAAGGUUCCGCUCGUCUUCGACGCCAUCUCAGAGCACGGCUCCCUGGAGCGCACCGCGCAGUUCAUCGACCCGCACGGCGGCCGAGUGGCGACCGUGUUGCCGCCUGCCAUGUUUGCGCGCGACAAAGAGGCGUUUGGGUACCCCGAGGGCGUCGAGGCGCGGUUCAUCCGCGCUGCAAGGGUUUUUGGUGAAGACAGGGAGUUUGCGCUUGUGUGGAGUGCGUACAUGGGCCUGUUGCUGGAGAGUGGGAGGCUAAAGGGUCAUCCUUAUGAGGUUGUGCCUGGCGGGCUUAAAGGAGUCAUUGCGGGCUUGCAGAAUCUACGCGAUGGCAAGGCGAGCGGUGUCAAGUAUGUGUAUAGGAUUGAGGAGACUGAGUAG